AGCGCUUCUUUUUGUGUCUUGUCUGUAAAAUCUGGAUCUCUGCGAUUCUCUCGCUGUUAAUGUCGCAGAGAUCUAGGGCUUUCUCCUUAUCCUUGGAAUCUCGGGUUUCCAUUUCCUGAUACGGAUUUCUUUAAGGUAUUCCCCUUUCGAUAUCAGGAUUUUCCCUUUUUUUUCCCAAUUUAUUUGCUCUGUUAAUUCCAUGGACAGAGCUUCAUGGGAUGGAUUAAGAUCGCUGGCGCAAUUGGGUUGAGUAAUCAGAGUGGAGAUAUUUGAUAUUGUUGAAGAAUCUGAGGAGUUCGUUGCAGGUUUUGAACAUUGUAUUGCAACUUGUUAGGAAAUUUAUGUUAGAUUUAAUGGACGUGGCUCAUUUCUUGGAACCUCUUGGAUCGAAUUUGUUUCAUAUUGGGAGUUUGUUGCUUGACUCAUUAGGAUGGUGCUAGGAUGAUUCUUGAAAAGUAGAGUGUUCUUGUUUGUUCUGUACUAUUUUGGGUAGUUUAGCUCCUGUUAAUAUCAUUUCUGAGCUUUCUAUUGGAGAAUCGGUUAGCUCUCCAUCAGAAGAAACCCAUAUCUGGGGAAAGGAUUUUUACAUCUUUGAUUUGCAUGACAGUUGCAAAUUCAGGUUGUCCAAUGGGCCGUGAAAUUGAGAGUGUUCCAUUAAGUCCUGCGGAGGAAGCACGGAUUGUUAAAGAGAAAACAGAUUCUGCUGAGUCCAAUUUAAAAGAGGGGGCCUCAUUCUAUGUAUUGUCAAAUAGGUGGUGGAGGAGCUGGCAAGAAUAUGUAGGUCAAGAUGCAAGAAGUGAUUUGAAUGAAGGCAAUUUUUCUCAUUGGGAGUAUGCCAAAAAGGCUUCUUCAGUUAUUGCAUUGAGGCCUGGAAGCAUCGACAAUACUGAUCUAGUGAUAGAUGUGAUGGAUGAGGGUGGUGAGAUGGAGUUGCGUAGGUCACUAGAAGAAGGCCAUGACUAUGUUUUGGUUCCUGAUGAUGUUUGGAAGCAACUUUUUGAAUGGUAUAAAGGAGGUCCGGUGCUCCCCAGAAAGAUGAUUUCGGAUGGUCCAUCUCAUAAGGGUUUUAGUAUAGAGGUUUAUCCACUACAGCUUCAUCUAAUUCUUGCAAAUGAUAACACCAAGUCAGUUAUCCGAAUAAGCAAAAAGGGAACUGUCAAAGAGCUUUAUAGCAAGUGUUGUGAGCUUCUAAAGCUUGAUUCCGAGAAGGUUCGUAUUUGGGAUUACUUUAACAAGAAGAGACAUGCCUUAUUGACCAAUUUCGAUCAAACACUUGAGGAUGCUCAGUUGCAGAUGGACCAGGAAAUUCUUUUGGAACUUCAAGUUAAUGGGAACUGGCCUGAUGAGACUUCCAACUCUGUGAUGGGAAACGAACUAGCUUUGGUGGCAAUUGAACCCUCCAAGUCGUCUUUGACAAUUGCUGGAGGCUCCACAUACAAUGGCCAUUCAGAAAGUUAUGGCCCAGAUUUAUUGGGAUCUUCAAGCAUCCGCAGCAGUAACAUGGAAGGAGCACAUAAGAAUGUAGACGAUGCCUCUGAACUUCCGAGUAGUAAUGCCAAAGGAAGUGGUGGAGGGUUGACUGGCCUAAUAAACCUGGGCAACACUUGCUUUAUGAACAGUGCACUUCAAUGUUUGGUUCACACACCAAAGCUGGUGGAAUUUUUUUUGCAGGACUAUAACAAGGAGAUUAAUCAACACAAUCCAUUGGGAAUGAAGGGCGAGCUUGCGAGGGCAUUUGGAGACUUAUUAAGGGAACUAUGGUCCCCUGGAAAAUCACCAAUUGCACCGCGGGCAUUCAAGGCAACGCUUGCUCGAUUUGCUUCUCAGUUUAGUGGGUACAACCAACAUGAUUCUCAAGAACUUCUGGCGUUUUUGCUUGAUGGGCUGCAUGAAGACCUAAACCGUGUGAUACAGAAACCCUACAGUGUGACAAAUGAUCCAAAUGGACGCCCUGAUGAAGACGUUGCAGAGGAGAAUUGGGCAAGCCACAAAGCUCGCAAUGAUUCCAUAAUUGUGGAGACUUGCCAAGGUCAAUAUAAAUCCACAGUGGUUUGUCCAGAUUGCAGCAAGGUUUCUGUGACCUUUGAUCCAUUAAUGUACAUGUCAUUGCCAUUACCUUCGACAGCCACAAGAGCAAUGACCAUUAUGGUGUUUUAUGGUGAUGGGAGUGCUCUCACUAUGCCUUUCACUGUAACGGUGCCUAAACAGGGUUGCUGUAAAGAUAUCAUUCAGGCCUUACAUGAGCCAUGCAGCUUAAAUGCUCAUGAAAGUUUACUGCUAGCGGAGGUCUACAACCAUCAGAUAUAUCGAUACCUAGACAAUCCUUUUGAAUUAAUUUCUGGAAUAAAAGAUGAUGACCACAUUGUGGCCUAUAGGCUUCCUGCGAACCGCAACAAGUUGCCAUUGCUUCAGUUAAAGCAUCACAGGAAAGAUAUGUAUGCACAACAUGGUGGACAGCGAAAAUUUUUUGGAACACCGCUAAUCACUUGCUUACCAGAGGGUGGGUGCACUGGUGCUGUUAUUCAAACUGCAGUCAAGGCCUUGUUGGCACCUUUGAUGCGAGCUACUGCCUUCCCUCCUCCGAAUCUUGUCAAAAGCAAGAAAGAAAGUGGAUCGCCUUUGCCAGUCAAUGAUGACAUAAAAAUGGAGAAUUGCAACCCCAAUACAGAGUUCAAGGAUGGACCCAUAGCAUUGGAUGCAGUCUCCUCAUUUUCCCUUUGGUUAAUAGAUGACAGGGGUUUCGGCAAGGAUGUUCAAAUUGAGAAUGACACUACCUAUAGUUUGACUGCAUCAUCAAAGACUGUAGUCACAAUGAGCUGGUCUGAGAAGGAUCUAGAUUUGUAUGACAUCAGCUACCUAGAGGAUCUGCCUGAGGUUUUCAAGUUGGGUUAUGCAGUGAAGAAAACGAAGCAGGAAACUAUUUCCUUAUUUUCUUGCUUGGAGGUGUUCCUGAAGGAGGAACCUCUUGGACCAAAUGACAUGUGGUAUUGCCCGUCCUGUAAGGCUGAUAGACAAGCAAUUAAGAAACUUGACUUAUGGAGGUUGCCGGAUAUUCUAGUUGUUCAUCUGAAACGAUUCUCUUUCAAUCGUUAUAUGAAGACCAAACUUGACACCUUUGUGAACUUCCCUAUUCAUAAUCUUGAUCUGACAAAGUAUGUGAAGUCCAAUACUCCUGACCCUCAUGUGUAUGAGCUCUAUGCAGUGAGCAAUCAUUAUGGUAGCUUGAGUGGUGGUCACUAUACGGCAUAUGUCAAGCUCUUUGAAGAGAAUAGGUGGUACAAUUUUGAUGACAGCCACGUUUCUCCAGUUAGUGAAGAAGGCAUUAAGACUAGUGCAGCCUAUGUACUAUUCUAUAGGCGAAUUAAAAAAUGACUCUAGGUUGAGUGAGAACAUGGGUGGAUCUUCUAGUGAAUGCUCCCACCGACGAGUUCUUUUUGAUACGUAGAUAGUUUUGGUGAGAUGAAGUUUUUUGACGGAGCCCAUUGUCUCGUGAUGAGAUGAAGUUUUUCUGAUUGUGACCACUGUCUCUAGGCAGUGGGCAAUUGCUCUUGCAGCCUAGGCAGCAUUAUUUGCUCCACCCAGUGCCCUGAGAUGAAGUUUUGGCCGCUGUCUCAGUUUGUACUGAGUUGAGAUAUUGAAAUUGAAACCGAGCUAGAGAGAAGGGCAAGAACAGGAAAAUAUUGUGGAAGAGAGUUUGGGAUGUGGUUGCAUGUUUUUGGAAAUCAGGCUUGACCUAGGGUAGCCAAUAAGCUUGCUGUACUGUUCAUUUUGAUGGAAGGAAUUGGUCAUUGAGAUCGGAAAUUAUAAUGAAAGAUGAGAUAUAUUCAUAUCUUGUGUGGAUGAAGGCGUACUGGUAGUCGACUAAAGGGUCUGUUGGGCGGAAAUUUUUGAGAGUCCAAUGGAAGAGGGGUUUUUCAAGAUUGUUUCAGUCAGUCAGAAUGUCUCAUAUGUUUUUCUAUGUAGACCUUGAUAUCAUAAUAAUCUGUACACUGAGGAACAAUUAUAUGGCUAAUGCUGCUUAGAUUGAGAGACCUCAGAAUAGUUGCGUGGUCAUGCAUGCAUCUAUAAAUUAGAACAUGUGUAUGCGUGGGAGUGUUGCCUGAAGUCAUGGAAACGUUGCAUUAUUGACAAUUGGUUUCGAGAAAUUGAUGUAGUGAAAACGUAGUACCAAAA